AUGGCUAAGCAGUGGGAAGAACAUGCUGACCUUGCCCGGGCAUGUUUGGAAAAAUCCCGAAAACGGAUGAAGAAAUGGGCAGAUGAGAAGAGACGGCCUUCGGAGUACUCAGUGGGCGACCUUGUACUUGUGAAAUUACUUCCACAACAGUUCAAGGCAUUCCGGAGCCUACACAAAGGCUUGAUCCGGAGGUACGAAGGACCAAUCGAGAUAGUUGGGAAGGUGGGAAAGGUUUCCUACCGACUUGACCUACCGGAUACACUUAAGAUCCAUCCGUUCUUUCAUGUGAGCAUGUUGAAACCGUACCAUGCUGAUGAGGACGACCAAACCCGAGGAGUUUUGACUCGAGCACCACCCGUGGUGACUAAGUCUUAUGACAAAGAGAUCGAAGAGGUGCUGGCGUCCAAGGAAGUGAGGAAGCGGGGAGUCCCGAGACAGACCCAUUUAAACAAGACCCAAGCCCGCUUUACUUAG